AUGUCAAAUGAUUCACCUAAUUCAAACAAAUCCAAGGCUACUAGAAAACAACCCGAUCUUCGACAAUUCUUGUCUAAAAGAAAGAAACUCCAUGAAAAUGAGUCCAAUAACUCCCCUUCAUUAAGCCCCCCUCAAAGUCAAGAAGAUGAUAUGGAAAUGGGUGGUUCAAGUACUUGUAAUGUACCAUUGGAGGAAAAUUUGGUAUACGAUGUUGAACUUCUUCCUCAUGAUCCGGGAAAAAGAAUAAACAUAAUGGAUUACCCCGCAAAUGAACGAAAUGCAGUUAGGAGGGGUUAUAUUCUUAAAAAACCUUGCCAACCAAAAACUCGUGACUUUCCUCAAAGACAAGUGUCUAGUUUACGUCGCUUUAGUGUUCAUUGGUUCAAGAAAUGGGAUUGGCUUGAGUAUAGUAUUGAAAAAGAUGCUGCAUUUUGUUUUGUAUGUUACUUGUUCAAGAAUGAAGUUGAUAGUUAUUCGGGGGGUGAUGCAUUUGUUGAUGGAGGGUUUAGGGCAUGGAAUAAACCGGAAAGAUUUGAGAAGCAUGUUGGUGGAAUUAACAGUGCUCAUAAUCUUGCUUAUGAGAAAUAUGUAAAUUUAAGAGAUGGAAAAAAAAAAUCAAUCUUGAAUGUGUUUGACAACGCAAGUGAGGUGAUUAAAAGUGAAUAUUUUAUCCGCUUGAAUGCAUCUUUAACUUGUUUAAGGUUUCUUUUGGGGCAAGGUUUGGCAUUUCGUGGACAUGAAGAAAGCGGGGAUUCAUAUAAUAGGGGUAAUGAUAGAUUUCAAGGUUUAAAUGACCUUAACUCUCUUUCUAUGAUGCUUGUUAAAACUAAUAAGCAUAAGACUUUUCCUCUUAUUCAUUUGCUUAUCAAGUUGAUGUUGAUUCUUCCGGUUGCCACGGCAAGUGUUGAAAGAGUAUUUUCCGCAAUGAUAUGCGUCAAAAAUAAGUUGCGAAAUAGCAUGGGUGAUCAACUUAUGAAUGAUUGUUUGGUCACUUUUAUUGAGAAGGAUGUCUUCCUAAGAGUUUCCGAUGAAAAAAUUGUUGAUCGCUUCCAAAAUAUGAAGACUCGAAGGAUGAAAGUGUAA